AACAAAUCUUAUAGGCAAACAAAAUACAAAAUUAGGUCACCGCUGUCCACUUUUCAGCAAUUAGCAGUGCACCGCAGCACUUCCCGCCGACCGCCGCGACCACCAGCAGCGACCGCCGCGACCAGCAGCAGCCAGCUAGCGGCAGCGACCAGUCUAGAUACGGUUUUCUUCUCCAAACAAUCUUUGGUUAAGCAUCGAUGAGUUCUCAGGCCGUUACUUCAAGUGAGGACAUUUUUGACUCAUCAUUGAAUCUAGAGGACAUUCAUUACAAAGAAGGCUACUCGGUAGGCUAUACGGAUGGCCUAAAUUCUGGUAAAGAUGAAGGCAAACAGGUAGGACUCAAAAAGGGUUUUGAAGUAGGCGAAGAAUUGGGUUUUUACAAAGGUUGUGUUGAUGUAUGGGAUGCUGCUAUCUUAGUAGAGCCAACCUGCUUCUCAUCUCGAGUGCAGAAAAGCAUCAAACAGAUGGAUGAAUUGCUCAAUAAAUACCCGUUCUCUGACCCAGAGAACGAGUCUGCUACCGAUAUUAUCGACUCCCUGAGACUGAAAUUUAGAGCUAUUUGUGCAACUCUGAAUAUUAAACCAGAGUAUGAUGGGUACCCCAAAGCCUCUGGGAUCGAUAACUCCGGUUUCUAAUUGGUCUAAAUUAGUCACUUCCUUGUAGACAGUAAAAAUUUGCAUGUCAUUACAUAUAUAUCAGUGUUGAAAAGAUUCAUGCCAGAUAUUAUAUGUAUUUGCUGGUUUUAAAUACGUCUGUGUGCGCUCGUGUCUGUAGAUAUCUAAUAUAUAUAUUGUAGUUAUAUAUGA